GCAACGUCGUAUUCGUUUUUGCUUGCAUUAUCUGUAUUUUUUUGAAUAAUUCAAAUUGUGCCACUAGAAAAAAUUAAAUAUUACGUAAUUUGGCAGUCCGGAUUGUUUAAUGACGUUUGUAGAGUAUGCGCAUUGCGUACAGUUUCCAGUGUAUUCACCGGAUCGGAGCAGUCGGGUUUUUUAGCGAUGGUGCUCUUUCGUUUAUGUGUAGAGUUAAAUGUGAACGAAGGAGUGUGUUUUUAGUUUCGUAGGGAGUGUGUGUUGUUAUUAUUUAUAUUUUCAUUGACUUAUUAAGGUAGCUAGAUCCGGCUCGGCGCAGCUGGUGAAUUAGAGAAGAAUGACGACCGACAUUUCCAUAGUUCGGUGGGAUCCCACCUUACAGCAGGAGAUUGUUGAAGAUUACGAAUACGAUGGAGGAAAUUCAUCGUCACGACUCUUUGAGAGAUCCCGUAUUAAGGCACUUGCAGAUGAGCGAGAGAGUGUACAAAAGAAGACCUUCCAAAAAUGGGUAAAUUCUCACCUAGUCCGCGUAAAUACUCGCAUAUCCGAUCUGUAUCUGGAUAUGCGAGAUGGUAAAAAUUUAAUUAAAUUACUAGAAGUGUUAUCGGGUGAACGUUUACCGCGUCCAACGAAAGGAAAAAUGAGAAUUCACUGCUUAGAGAAUGUAGAUAAGGCUUUACAGUUUUUACGUGAGCAACGCGUCCAUUUAGAAAAUAUGGGUUCACACGAUAUAGUCGACGGUAACCCACGUCUAUCGUUAGGUCUCAUAUGGACCAUCAUUUUGCGCUUCCAAAUCCAAGAUAUCACAAUCGAAGAGACGGAUAAUCAAGAAACGAAAUCGGCCAAAGACGCUUUGCUGCUUUGGUGCCAAAUGAAAACUGCCGGCUAUCACAAUGUUAACGUUAGAAAUUUCACCACGUCAUGGAGGGAUGGGCUCGCAUUCAACGCUCUCAUACACAAACAUCGUCCUGACUUACUUAACUACGAAAAACUAUCAAAAUCGAAUCCUAUUUAUAAUCUCAAUAACGCUUUUAACGUAGCCGAAGAUAAAUUAGGGCUUACUAAGUUAUUAGACGCCGAAGAUGUGUUUGUAGAACAACCCGACGAGAAAUCCAUAAUUACGUACGUAGUCACCUAUUACCACUACUUCAGUAAAAUGAAACAAGAAACGGUGCAGGGUAAACGAAUCGGAAAAGUCGUCGGCAUUGCCAUGGAAAACGAUCGAAUGAUUCGCGAAUAUGAGUCACUUACGAGCGAUUUGCUCGCGUGGAUACAAUCGACAAUUGACGCGCUCGGCGAUCGUCACUUCGCCAAUUCGCUAAUCGGCGUCCAACAGCAAUUAGGACAAUUUAACAAUUAUCGCACGGUAGAAAAGCCACCUAAGUUCGUUGAAAAGGGUAAUCUCGAAAUUUUGCUGUUUACGCUACAGUCGAAAAUGCGUGCGAAUAACCAGCGACCGUACACACCUCGCGAGGGUAAGAUGAUAUCCGACAUUAACAAGGCGUGGGAGCGGCUAGAGAAGGCCGAGCACGAGCGCGAACUUGCACUGCGCGAGGAGUUGAUUCGCCAGGAGAAGCUGGAGCAGUUGGCAGCGCGGUUCAAUCGAAAAGCCGGAAUGCGCGAAACGUGGCUCAGCGAAAAUCAGCGGCUCGUCUCUCAGGAUAACUUCGGCCAGGACCUGGCCGCGGUCGAAGCCGCAGCCAAAAAGCACGAGGCCAUCGAAACUGACAUUUUGGCGUACGAAGAGCGCGUCCAGGCAGUGGUUGCCGUCGCCGAGGAAUUACAGACCGAAAACUAUCACGACAUGGAACGUAUCAAUGCGCGCAAAGACAACGUUUUGCGGCUGUGGAAUUAUCUACUAGAAUUACUUAGGGCACGAAGGCAUCGAUUGGAAUUAUCGCUUCAACUGCAGCAGUGCUUCCAGGAAAUGCUGCAUAUUUUGGACUCGAUGGAAGAGCUCAAAGUGCGCCUGCUCACCGACGAUUACGGCAAACACUUGAUGGGCGUCGAAGACUUGUUGCAGAAGCACAACUUGCUAGAAGCCGACAUUAAUAUACUGGGAGAGCGCGUCAAGGGAGUCGCGCAUCAGUCGCAGAGGUUCGUUGAUAGCGGAGACGGCGGCAGCGCCGAGGGCUAUAGGCCUUGCGAUCCUAUUCUCGUUUUGGACCGAGUGCAACAGCUGGAAGACGCGUACGCCGAAUUGGUGCGGUUGGCCGUCGAAAGGCGAUGCCGUCUUGAGGAGAGCCGGAAACUCUGGCAGUUUUAUUGGGAUAUGGCCGACGAGGAGAAUUGGAUUAAGGAAAAGGAGCAAAUUGUGUCGACUAGCGAUAUUGGGCACGAUCUCACCACUGUCAAUUUAUUACUCUCGAAACAUAAGGCUUUGGAGAAUGAGAUCAGCGGACACGAGCCACAGUUGGCGCAGGGUGUGGCCGUUGGAGAGGAACUGAUCGGAUCGGGUCAUUUUGGAGCGGAGAGAGUGCAAGAACGGCUCAAAGAAAUACAGGGCAUGUGGAAUCACUUGUUGAAUUUGGCCUCGGCGCGUCGCAAGCGUUUGGAAGAAGCUGUCGAUUUCCAUCAGUUCUUCGCCGAUGCCGAUGAUGUAGAUAUCUGGAUGUUGGAUACUUUACGCUUGGUUUCAAGUGAAGAUGUCGGACGCGAUGAGGCUAAUGUUCAGUCACUUUUGAAGAAACACAAAGAUGUCACGGAUGAAUUGAAGAAUUAUUCAUCGGUAAUCGAUGCGUUACACCAACAAGCUUCGCAAUUGGGACCAAAAGAUGCACAAUCACCCGAAGUGCUCGAUCGACUGGCUUCGAUUGACAAUCGUUACAAGGAGCUGUUAGAGCUAGCCAAAUUGCGCAAACAAAGGUUGCUAGAUACCUUGUCAUUGUACAAAUUGUUCUCCGAGAGUGACGGAGUCGAGCAGUGGAUCAGCGAAAAGGAUCGCAUGAUACAAACGAUGGUACCCGCCAAAGACAUCGAAGACGUCGAAAUUAUGAAACACCGCUACGACGGCUUCGAAAAAGAGAUGAACUCGAACGCGUCUCGUGUCGCCGUCGUAAACCAAUUAGCGCGACAGUUGCUGCACGUUGAGCAUCCCAACUCCGAACAAGUUAUCGGCCGUCAAAAUGAACUCAACCAAAAAUGGGCGGAGCUUCGCGAGAAGGCCGAAAACAAGCGCGAUAAGCUCAACUCCGCGCACGGCGUGCAAACUUAUCACAUCGAAUGUCGCGAAACUGUAUCGUGGAUCGAAGACAAGAAGCGUAUUUUGCAAAGCACGGACAGUUUGGAAAUGGACCUUACCGGCAUUAUGACCUUACAGCGACGUCUCUCGGGUAUGGAACGCGAUUUGGCGGCGAUCCAAGCGAAAUUGACUGCACUCGAGAAUGAGGCGAAACAGAUCGAAGCCGAACAUCCCGAAGAAGCCGCCUUAAUUCGCGAGCGUAUCACUCAAAUACAAAUUGUGUGGGAGGAAUUGACCCAAAUGUUGAAAGAACGCGAUGCCAAGCUCGAAGAGGCCGGUGAUCUCCACCGGUUCCUGCGCGAUUUGGAUCACUUCCAGGUGUGGUUGACGAAAACGCAGACAGAUGUCGCAUCGGAAGAUACACCGGGCUCUCUUGCCGAAGCCGAGAAGUUACUGUCUCAGCACCAGAGCAUACGCGAGGAAAUCGACAAUUACACGGACGAUUAUAGCAAGAUGAUGGAGUACGGGGAGAAAAUCACGGCCGAACCUUCGACUCAGGACGACCCACAGUACAUGUUCCUACGCGAAAGGUUAAAGGCGCUGAAAGACGGCUGGGCAGAACUGCAACAAAUGUGGGAGAACCGGCAGCAAUUGCUUUCUCAAUCGCUCUCUCUGCAAUUGCUCAACCGAGACGCGCGACAAGUCGAGGUAAUUUUGAGUCAGCAAGAGCACGCGUUGGCCAAAGAUGAGACGCCCACAAAUUUGGAGCAGGCCGAGAAGAUGCUGAAGCGUCACGAGGCCUUCCUAACGACCAUGGAAGCUAACGACGAUAAAAUCAACGGCGUCGUGCAAUUCUCUCGCCGUCUCGGAGACGAAGGCCACUUCGCCUCCGACAAAAUCGCCAAACGCGCCGACGCGAUCGACGAGCGGCGUAUAGCGAAUCGCGAUCGGGCAAUCGCUCUAAUGGAAAGACUGCGAGAUAUGACCGAGCUGCAACAGUUCCUCCGCGACUGCGACGAACUCGGCGAAUGGAUUCAGGAGAAGUUCAUCGUCGCGCAAGACGAAACGUACCGCUCGGCGAAAACCGUGCACUCGAAAUGGACGCGACAUCAAGCGUUCGAGGCCGAGAUCGCCGCGAACAAGGAGCGCCUACAAAACCUACAGAAGGCGGGAGAGGACCUGGCCCGCGAAAAGCCCGAGUACGCCGCCGAAAUUCAACCGAAAAUCGACGAGCUCGCAGAACAAUUCGAAAUUUUGGAAAAGACGACGCACGACAAGGGCGAACGUCUAUUCGACGCGAACCGAGAGGUUCUCAUCCAUCAGACCUGCGACGAUAUCGACUCGUGGAUGAACGACUUGGAGAAACAAAUCGAGAGCGACGAUACCGGAUCCGACUUGGCCUCCGUCAACAUCCUAAUGCAAAAACACCAGACGAUCGAAACGCAAAUGGCAGUCAAGGCCAGACAAGUCGAAAGUCUCGGCCCGCAAACCGUCCAUCUGCAGAGAACUGUGCCGGACAAAGACAUGGACGAGAUCAAGGUAAAGAAGACAAAGGUAGAAAAUCGAUUCCAACAACUGAAGCAACCUUUAGUCGAACGACAAAGGCAGCUGGAGAAGAAGAAGGAGGCUUUCCAGUUUCGAAGGGACGUGGAGGACGAACUGCUUUGGAUCGCCGACAAGAUGCCUCUAGCUCUGUCGACGGAUUACGGCACCAGCUUGUUCCAGGUGCAUAUGUUGGAGAAGAAAAAUCAAUCGCUUCGCACCGAGGUCGAUAAUCACGAGCCAAGAAUAAACUCUGUAUGCAAUAAUGGCCAAAAACUUGUUGAUGAAGGACACGAGGAUUCCUCAGAGUUUGGUCGUUUGAUAAACGAACUGUUGAAAGCGUGGCAGGAGUUGAAAGAUGCGGUCGAAGCGAGACGCGCGUAUCUUUUACGCAACGAACAGGCGCAGCAGUAUCUGUUCGACGCUAACGAGGCGGAAAGUUGGAUGAGCGAACAAGAACUGUACAUGAUGGUUGAAGAUCGCGGCAAGGAGGAAACGUCCGCCCGCAAUCUUAUGAAAAAACACGAAAGCUUAGAGGCGGCGGUGGAAGACUACGCGAACAAUAUUCGGGCGUUGGGGGAGACGGUCCGCGCGCUUGCCGCCGAAGGUCAUCCUAUGGCCGAGCAGGUCGCAGUUAAACAAUCGCAGCUGGACAAAUUAUAUGCGGGUCUCAGGGACUUGUCGGGAGAAAGGCGCGGGAAAUUGGACGAGGCGUUGCAAUUAUUCUUACUAAAUCGCGAUGUGGGCGACUUAGAACAGUGGAUUGCCGAUAGGGAAGUUGUGGCUUCCUCACAUGAGCUCGGACAGGAUUACGAUCAUGUCACCUUGCUGUGGGAACGAUUCAGGGAAUUCGCGCGUGAUACCGAGUCUAUCGGUUCGGAACGCGUCGCGAACGUCAACGACAUCGCUGAUCAAUUGAUUGCGGUCGGCCACUCUGACUCGGCCACCAUUGCAGAAUGGAAGGACGGAUUGAACGAAGCAUGGCAGGAUCUUUUGGAAUUGAUCGAUACCCGCACUCAAAUGUUGGCCGCCUCCAGGGAGCUGCACAAAUUCUUCCACGAUUGCAAGGACGUACUUGGGCGCAUUCUCGAAAAGCAAGUGGCCAUGUCCGAUGAAUUGGGACGGGACGCCGGUUCCGUUUCUACUUUACAGCGCAAACACAUAAAUUUCCUGCAGGAUCUGCAAACUUUACAAAGUCAGGUGUCCCAGAUUCAGGAGGAAUCGGCGAAACUCCAAACGUCGUACGCCGGCGAUAAAGUUCGCGAAAUUACAAAUCGCGAAGGCGAAGUUGUCGCCGCUUGGAUGGCCUUACAGGCAGCUUGCGACAAUCGUCGCCACAAAUUGGCGGAUACCGGUGACCUCUUCAAAUUCUUCAACAUGGUCCGUACACUGAUGCAAUGGAUGGACGACGUCGUCCGUCAAAUGAAUACCAGCGAAAAGCCACGCGACGUCAGCGGCGUCGAGCUGCUCAUGAACAAUCACCAAAGUCUCAAAGCCGAAAUUGACGCACGAGAGGAUAAUUUCGGCGCAUGCAUAUCAUUGGGGAGGGAGCUACUAGCGCGCAAUCAUUAUGCUAGUGCCGAAAUCCGCGAUAAAUUGUUGGCGUUAAGCAAUCAUCGGAAUUCAGUAUUACAACGAUGGGAAGAAAGAUGGGAGAAUCUACAACUUAUCCUGGAGGUGUACCAAUUCGCUCGCGACGCCGCCGUUGCGGAAGCCUGGCUGAUCGCGCAAGAACCGUACCUCAUGAGCACCGAACUGGGCCACAGUAUCGACGACGUCGAGAAUUUGAUCAAGAAGCAUGAGGCGUUUGAGAAAUCGGCCGCGGCGCAGGAAGAACGAUUUGGCGCCCUGGAGAGACUUACGACGUUUGAACUGAGGGAAAUGAAGCGUCGCCAAGAGGCUGCGGAGGCGGAGGAGCGCGAGAGGAAAGAGAGGGAGGAGUCGGAGAGGAGAGCGGCGGCGGCAGCGCAGGCCGCGGCAACGCAAGUCGCGCAAAUGACGGACCGACCGGACGCGGCCGUGGCCGUUGCCGACGACCAACCAGCUUUAAGUGGACAUAGGAGCUCUGUGAAGGCUAUUGUAUCUCCUGGUGAAGUGCAUGGAAAGAAGACGAUUGAACCCGUCCCCUCUUCCAAACCGCAGGUGGUUGGACAGAUUACACCUAAGACUCCGACUAUGUCUCAAAUGGAAAAGGAAAGCAGACGUAAGGAUCGUUCCCGUAGUAAAUCGCCGUUCAGAAGUUUCCGCUGGAAGAAAAGUCCCAAGGCGUCGGGGACCAUAAGUGACGACGAGGCGGUCACAUCAGAACAAAGUCCGUCGCCGGACGAAGAUGUGGUCGAGGGGCAGUUGGUGCGAAAACACGAGUGGGAAAAUACGACGGUCAAGGCUAGCAACCGGUCGUGGGAUAAAGUCUAUGCGGUCGUUCGCGGCUUUCACAUCGCCUUUUAUAAGGAUGCGAAGGUGGCGAAGAGCACGCCCGAGCAAACAUUUAAAAACGAAGGACCCUUCUCGUUACGCCAUGCAAAGGCUUCCAUCGCAAACGAUUACAAAAAGAAAAAACAUGUGUUUAGGUUAAAAUUGGAUGGUGGAGCUGAAUUUUUACUGCAAGCACACGAUGAUGGAGAUAUGAACAACUGGAUCUCUCGUAUCACUGCCCAGGUGGAAACCGAUUCGUCUGGUCCUUCGAGGUCACAAACCCUUCCUGCUUCUGCACAAAAGGAAGACGCAAAACGGCGCAGCUUUUUCACUCUUAAGAAAAAUUAAUCCUGUUACCCAUCUUCAGACAGAUGUCUACUUUUUUUAUUUCCUUUUUAUUCUGCAUUUGUAAUUGUUUUUGUGUAGUGUUGCACACUUUAAUAGUAUAACUGUGAGAUGUAUAGUAAUAUAUUAUAUGAAAAAAAGAAUAUUUAUAAGCAUUCUAUAAUUAAGGGUUAGAGAGACGAUGUUCAUUUUGAGAUAUUUUAGUGUAAGUAUAUUAAAAUAACAUCGUUCGUGGAAGGUCUUCUUUUAUUAAUGAGUUGGUUGCAAUAACUGUUGAUGCUUUUGCUUUAAUAAACACAAGAAACAAUAUAUACUUGUAGUAAAUUUCCAUAUUUAUAGUUAAUAUAAUUUUACACAAAGAUGUAUGCUUUUAUAAAGUUAUUUAAGGAAUUAGGUACGAAUAUCUUCGGCACAAGUGCUCCUACUUCUUGUGAAAAUUGUUGUCUAAAUCUAUACUUCCUUUUCUAAAAAGUGACAGUAAUAAAAUAAUAGGUUGGUGAAA